GAGCGCCUCAAAACGCUUCCCCGCAUUGGAGCCCGACUCCAUCCAAAGUGUCCCGGGACCCAGAGCUGCGCCUCUCCCUUUGCCCUCAGCUUCCUAAAGGAUUUAGUUUCUCAGGGAUGGCCGCAUCUGUUCUGGAGGUAGGGAAUGUAAUUGAAGACGCACGCUAUGGAUCCAGUCCUCUGGCUAUGUUAACUGCUACCUGUAACAAGUUCGGUAGCACCAGCCCCAUCAGGGAUUCAGCUACACCCGGAAAAACCGGCAGCUCUCCAGUGAAGAAGCAGUACACCAUGACCUCUGACCUUCAGACAGCAAAGAACGGGCGGGUGUCGGACAGCAGUGGUCUGACGGACUCCUACACCGGCUCUUUCACCACAGCUGGAGGAGGUGGUGGGUUGCUGAGUCCCACUGGAAGCCCUCCACCUUCGGCUGGGGGGUACACUUCAGAGUACAACCCUUUCUCCCACUCCUUCCAGACCUCUGUGUCCCAGGACCCAUCUCUUUUAGUGUCCAAGACCCAUGCUACCCCGGCCGACUGUCUCACCAGUGUCUACACCUCUCUGGAUAUGACACACCCAUAUGGCUCCUGGUAUAAGGCUGGAAUCCACCCCGGCAUCACUGCUGCUCCAGCCAACGCCACAUCCUCCUGGUGGGAUGUCCACCCCAACUCCAACUGGCUGUCAGCGACACAGCCCCAAGCUGAUGGGAGUCUCCAGGCUUCACUUCAGCCUGUGGCCCCACAGGCAUCCCUGAGUCCCCAGCUCCCGAGUUACAGCUCCGACUUUACACCACUUAACCCAGCCCCAUACCCCUCUGUUGGACUGGGCUCAUCCUCACACCUCCUCCAGCCUUCCCAGCACAUGUUGCCCCAGGACAUGUACAAGCCCAAGCCUGUGUCAAGUGCUGGGCUAAUUGAGAAUUCAAUGGGCCUAAAGCCUGCUAGGGGAUCGGGAGGCUACAGCGGAGGGGCUACACCCAGCCGGUCUUCAUGUGACUGCCCCAACUGCCAAGAGCUGGAGAGGCUGGGAGCGUCUGCCGCCUCCCUGAGGAAAAAGCCUGUGCACAGCUGCCACAUCCCAGGCUGUGGGAAAGUCUAUGGCAAGGCUUCCCACCUGAAAGCCCACCUGCGCUGGCACACCGGCGAAAGGCCUUUUGUGUGCAACUGGCUGUUCUGUGGGAAGCGCUUCACCCGCUCUGAUGAGCUGGAGAGGCACGUGCGCACCCACACGAGGGAGAAGAAGUUUACCUGCCUGCUAUGCAACAAACGCUUCACCCGCAGUGACCACCUCUCAAAGCAUCAGAAGACCCACGCAGACUCCGCAAUGCAGGGCAAAACUGUAGCCGUGGAAGGAGAUAUGGACCCUCGGACCGAAGACACAUCUGAGCUCAACUCCAAUGCCGUACCAACCAAUCCUGUUGCUGAUCAAAUCGCCAAUGGGGAUGAGAAGACCACCACACCUAAUGGAGUGGAAAACAGCAGUGGUUUGUUGGAAAUCUGACUGCCUUAGGUUUUUUCUCUAGUAUUCUCUUCUUUUUGAAAUAAAAACAAACUUUAAACUGAAAACGAAAAGUAAAAAUAUUCAAGACAACGUUUGGACUCAAUAUAAUAAAUGACUGAGCGCACAGUAACCACAUGCAAGUCCAAGAAAAGACAUGCAAGCCUGCAUCCAUACUGCCAAAAUUGUAUGCAGACACACUGCCAAAUACACACAACCAAAACCUUGAUGUAUAUGAGCACAAAUAUUCCAUGCACACGUGCACCAUUUGCAUGCACAAUAAUAACUAUGAGCAAAUGCACAAGCAUAUAUAAUGCAUUCAUGUAUGCACUGGGCACCCACAAAAGUGUUCCUGCUCAGACCCACAUACGAGUAAACAUUCUCAUGUGGACAUUUAGCAGUCUGCACACAUUUUCUGCCUUUUAAAUGAGACAAACCACUGGGGAAAUGUAAUCUGCAAAAGCAGAAGGAAAAAAGCUCCAAGGCUACAAAAGGAAAGAACAAGACUUAUGCUUGGGAUGACGGAGUUGAUGAAGCAUCGCAUGCCUGGAGUGAUAAAAAUCUGAUAUACAACUGCACUCUGAUACCUAUUCAAUAUUCCUGAAAUGGACAAUCUCACUUAGAGCUACUUGUUGUCAGAGAUGCCGUGAUGAAGGUGUUGCUUUGUAUUUGCUGUUCACUUCCUACUUUGUCUAAUUUAAUUUCAUAUUUACAUGAACAGUCUAAUUUAUGUUUUAAAUUAUACAACAAGGGGGAUUAUCUUACAUGUUGGGGAACAUAUUAUACCUAAAGGGAAAUGAAUGGUUGAAGCUGGCCAAGAAGAAAAAAUAUGGUGCAUUAAAUUAAGAUUUUUUUCUCUUAUUUAUUAGUUAUGAGUUGGAAUUUAGGAAGUAUGUUAUUAAAGUUUUAUUUAUAGAUCUUGAAUCUUUUGUGUGCGUUACCUAAUUCUAUUACAUUUUUCAUUGUGAAUUCUUCCACACCAUGCAAAGCAAUGAAUAAAAAGGGCUUACUGGAUUGUUUAAACAUACUAUAUAUAAUAAUAACAAUAUAUAGAUUUUGUUAGGUGAUAUUUUUCUACUUUUUUAUGCAUUUUCUAUUUUUCCUCAUGAAAAGAUGUUUAUUUCACUGCAGCUGGCAAAAAGAUUUAUCAUUUGGUCCACAUAGGAGUUGCCAGUGUUCGCUGUCUUGUUGUGAAAUGUGUUUAGAAGAGGCUGUAAAUAGUGUUAAAGCAGAAAACCUCAGAAAUGUACACAUGUGCGUUGUAAGAUUCCUGGAGCAGAAUCAUGGAUUUAUGGUGCUUUCAAGAGUAAACAAUCUGAAAACAAGUAUUUUAUUUGAUGGUUUUAUUUUCUAUUCAAAAGCAUUCUGACUUGAUUGAUAAAUAAACGAAUAAUUAAAAAUA